AUGGCCGAAAAAAAAACAAGUAAUACAAUCGCUACAAAUGAAGAGCCAACAUCUACCACAAGAUCUCCUGAAAAACGCACCGAUGAUAAGUCACGUCAUAGAAAACGACACGAUCGAUCUCGAUCGUCAUCAGUAAAACGUCAUCGACAUAAACGAUCACGUUCGAGAUCUCGAUCUCGAUCUCGACAUCACCGACAGAAACGAUAUCGACAUAGUCGGUCACGUUCACCACGACGAAAACGGUCAAGAUCACGAUCAAGAUCAAAACAUCGCUCACCACGAAGACGAUCGAGUCCUGCACAAAAUCGAGCGCCACACGUUGAUGCUCGAAUAGCAGAAGAAGAGAGAAAACGUAUUCAGCAAGAAACAUUGCAGAAAUUGAAAGACAUGGCAGCCAAUGACACAUUGGACAUAUCACACCUAACCAUUGAUGAUUUGAAAAAAGCAAUUGAUGUACCGAAAGAACUACGAUCAAAUCAAGCAGCAAUAGUUUCAUAUCAAAUGGAAGAAAUUCGUAAAUUAGUUGAAGAAUUGAGUGGUAUAUCCGUUCCUAAAAUCUACAAUAACGGUGCCAUAAACCCGCUUCAAUAUGCGCAACAGCAACGUAAACGUAAAUUGCUUUGGUCGAAAUCGAAUGAUAAAACAUCCACUAGUAAAGUGGGUGCGGCGAUAACUGACGGGCAAGAUGAGAAAACGGCUGAAAAAUUUCGAAAACUGUUAGGAAUGAAAGCAGGUGGUAAUAUAAUCAACGAUGCAACGGAAACUGAUGCCAUUCAUCAGCAACAACAAAACACAUUCGACUCGCUUGAUAAAGAAUAUCAAACAGCUCGCAUAACAACGCACUUACGACGUGGUGUUGGACUUGGUUUUCUCUCUCAAGGACCUUUUGUACCUUCGUCAUCAUCAUCGUCCUCAGAAAGAAAUUAA